CAUUGCCUUAACAAUGUCUACUACUUCUAGAAGAUGUAGAGAAAUUGUUGGAUAAUUGUUGGCCACAUGUAGAAUGGGAUUUGUGGCCAACGCCUUAGGUCUGGUGGGACUAGCAAGCUCACCACAGUAGAUGUUCCGUCUCUCAGCCCCAGACUAACUCCAGCCAGCCAUUCUCUGAGUGAAUGCCACUGAACACUCAACAGAAGGGGACAAGACACUGUGGAUGGCUUCCAUUCUGGGUGAAUCCAAAGGAACAUCUUCUGGCAGGACAAGUGUAGUUACUGGCGUAUGUGGAGAGAGACCUGACACCCUUGAGAAUCCUACCUGGUACCAGUUCCAGAGCCUGAGGCAUUGUUUGACUGGAGGAGAGGCCCUGAAUCCUGAUGUGAGGGAGAAAUGGAAGAGCCAGACGGGCCUGGAGCUGCAUGAAGGUUACGGCCAGUCUGAGACAGUUGUAAUCUGUGCCAAUCCAAAAGGCACGAAAAUCAAGUCAGGAUCUAUGGGGAAAGCAUCCCCACCUUACGACGUGCAGAUUGUGGAUGAUGAGGGCAACAUCCUGCCUCCAGGAGCAGAGGGGAAUGUUGCUGUCCGUGUCAGACCCGCCAGACCCUUCUGUUUCUUCAAUUGCUAUUUG